CUCAACGAUUUCAUGCAUCGAUGUUUCGACAAUAUUCUCUUGUGGAAUUUCUUGCGUUGAAGUUCCCGCCCUCUCUUCUUCUUCUUCUUCUUUCCGUGCUACUUCGAGAGAUACUUCGGAAUGUGUGCGAACUCUUUUAGGUAAUGCGAUACGGCGAUAAGGUGUAGAUUUUGUAUGUGUUGAUGUUUCCAUAUGCAAUCUCUUCUUCCCACGAUGUUUAGGUGUUACGUUCGGCACAGGUACUUGUAACGAGAAAUGCGGUUCAGGUGGCAAUGGUGGUGAUGGUGUCGGUGAGGAUGACGUCAUUUGAAGAAUCGAGUUGGAGGAUGACUUUGUAUUUUCAACCAAUUGCUUUAAAGGAUCAACGAUGCAUCGAUCAACCUGCCGGAGCAGCUCGACAGGAGGACCAGUGUAUCAAGACGCGAGUGUCAAAAGAGGUCUGGAGAGCGAAUACACGCUCCAACAGAGCAGUAGCAGUUGGAAGGAAAAAGGGCGAGAAAUAAAGUGAAGUUUCAAAACUUAAAUGAACGUGUUUUUAUUCAGGGGUUAUAUGAGCCGUUUAUUUUGAAAGUGGCCUAACUCCAUUUAUCUUCAAAUCGAGAUAUUUAAGGGUUUGGGUUUCAAUGAAUUUAAAAAUAUACGUAUAGGAUACUAAUGAGUCAUACUGCUUGAGUGUAUCUAAGGGUGUUAAAUUUAUAGUUCCUAUUAAAAUAGUGGCAAUUGUUAAGUGAAUAAUAUGCGUUUUCUUAUCAAGAAUGGAGUUAGGCCACUUUCAAAAUUAACAACCAGAUUCAUUAUAAAAUUUGAAGAUGCCCAAGUCCAUUCAACAUCAUUUAAGAUGCUGCAAAUUGAAAAAAAAAACAAUACUGAAUUUAUUUUACAUAUCUUUAAAACACUUCGGAAACAUAAUUUAUGCGAUUCAAAACAUUUUCUAACUAUAUAACGUACAAAAUUACAAACAUAAAUUUAUUACAAAAUUUAUUACUCAUCUACAUUUUGUGCGUGUGUAAGCGAUUUGAAGUGAUCAUGAUGUUCCGGUGGUAUGUUAAGUUUUAUAUUAAUUGUCGUAUCCAUGUAUUACACCACCCAUAUGUUACACCACACGUUCAAAUUACGGACAAGAAAUUACCUUUUAAGGAUAAAUUAAUAGAUCAAAACUAAAAAAGACCUUUUCCUUGUUCAGACAAUGUUUAGAAACGUUUAUAUAAUCUUAAAUACAAGAAAAAAACACACAAAAAUGCAUACCAGGGUCGAUGUAAUCACCCAGUUGGCCAUAUAUGGAUGGUGUUAACAUAUGGAUACGGCAUUAAUUUG